UUUUUAUUCUUAAUUCUUACCCAAUUGCUUUGGGGCUUGCAUAAACAGUUAACAAAACACGGCGCACGAGGCAGCCGUUUCGCUUUCUGUGCUUGUUGUUCUUGGCACCAGGUCAGUUCUAUGAACUUCUGGUGUCCAACUGGUAGGACCUGAAACUCUGUGUUUAACAAGUGCCUGUAGUCAAAACAGUUGGCGUGUGCAGGCUCGGAUCGCUGGUUCUGACUUGCAGCUGGUCAGCCGUCGGGUCCUGGACCGUGGGGAACCCCGAAUCCCGGUGCUCUGUUUCGAGGUUGGGCUUUGUUGGUGUUUAGUUGUUGGGGCUUUUUUCUCCCUUUUUUUUUUCUUUUCUUUUUUUGCGAUGGCAUCCGUGCUAAUGUGGAUCGCUUCAGGUUCCAAAAGUACAACAUGUUUACAGUCGUCGUAGAAUCAGAUUAAGUUGGCAGCCUGAGUCGCUCUAGAGAAGACACGGGUCAAUGUGUAGGCCUUCUCCCUCGCCAGCAUCUCCGCCCUGCAACUCCAGGACAUCCCUGGUACAGGUGAAAACCAAGGCCUGCCUCAGUGGCCAUCACUCUGCCAGCACCACCUCAAAGCCAUUCAAAACGCCCAAAGACAAUCUACUUACCUCCAGCAGCAAACAGCACACAGUCUUUUCUGUGAAAGGAUCGAGGGACAAACCAUGCGUUCCGGUUCCUGUAGUCAGUUUAGAGAAAAUUCCUAACCUAGUGAAGGCAGAUGGUGCCAAUGUCAAAAUGAACUCUACAACCACUACCGCGGCCACCUCCUGCUCCACUGCAUCCUCUGCCGUCUCCACGCCGCCUUUAAUUAAGCCGGUCUUGAUGUCCAAGUCAGUGCCACCUUCCCCAGAGAAGAUCUUAAAUGGCAAAGGAAUUUUAUCCACCACAAUAGACAAGAAACACCAAAAUGGCACCAAAAACAACAACAAGCCUUACAGGAGACUUUCAGAGAGAGAAUUUGACCCAAAUAAACACUGUGGAGUAUUGGAUCCCGAGACAAAGAAACCUUGCACAAGAUCCCUCACCUGCAAGACACAUUCGCUAAGCCAUCGGAGGGCAGUCCCGGGCCGGAGAAAGCAAUUUGACCUCCUUCUGGCAGAGCACAAAGCCAAGUCUCGGGAAAAGGAAGUUAAAGAUAAAGAGCAUCUCCUGACUUCGGCAAGGGAAGUCCUUCCAAACCAAUCUGGGCAGGACUCUCUGCCAGGAUCUUCAGGGAGCUCUGGGCCAGAACCUAAAGUCGCAUCCCCUGCAAAAUCCAGGCCACCUAACUCUGUGCUUCCCAGACCAUCAUCUGCAAAUAGCAUAAGCAGCAGCACGUCCUCCAACCACAGUGGCUACACUCUGGAGCCCCCUCUGCCCCCAGUUGGAAGUGACCUCGCCAGCCGACUGUCGAGUGAUGAAGGGGAGAUGGACGGAGCCGACGAAUCCGAGAAGUUAGACUGUCAUUUCUCCACCCACCACCCCAGACCUCUUGCAUUUUGCUCAUUCGGGAGCCGCCUCAUGGGACGAGGGUACUAUGUGUUUGACAGAAGAUGGGAUCAUUUUCGGUUCGCACUAAACUCCAUGGUAGAAAAACACUUGAAUUCACAGAUGUGGAAGCACAGAAACCCGAGCCACAGGGCAUCAGGUCCCUCCCCCCUUUUCAGGACUUGCCUAACCAAUCUGCUGUCACUGAGCAACAUUGGGGCUGCCUGGGUGUCAACUCUGGAGAGCGUAGCACCCCGCUGCCCUCUCAACCUCGCUGCCCAAACCCCAGGCCCCGACGGGCCCGAACCUGGAGGGAUGGCAGCCGAUGGGGGCGUGGAAGACAUUAGGAAGAAAAGGAACGGCCAAGACUCUUUUUUCUUUAACAAGCAUUUAACUCUGCAUCAGGAGACGCCAACACAGUAUUCUCUUUCAGCCAGGAAGAUCCCUCCAGCGGCAGAUAGCCCCAUGCCCUCGCCGGCAGCCCACAUCACCACCCCUGUUCCAGCAUCCGUUUUACAGCCUUUCAGCACCCCCAGUGCUGUGUAUCUUCCUUCAGCUCCCAUCAGCUCGAGACUCGCCUCUUCUUACAUAAUGACAUCAGCCAUGCUCUCAAACGCAGCUUUUGUGACAUCGCCGGACCCGAGCGCCCUCAUGUCACACACCACAGCUUUCCCUCAUGUGGCUGCAACCCUCAGCAUCAUGGACUCAACCUUCAAGGCCCCAUCCGCCGUGUCCCCAAUACCAGCUGUCAUCCCUUCCCCAUCCCACAAGCCAUCCAAAACCAAAACCAGCAAAUCCUCAAAAGUCAAAGACCUGUCCACCCGUAGCGACGAGUCUCCAAGUAUCAAAAAGAGGAAGCCGCAGUCUUCGACUUCCUCCUCCUCCUCCUCCUCAUUAUCCUUGCAGACCUCCCUCGCAUCUCCACUGUCAGGGCCCCACAAAAAGAACUGUGUUUUGAAUGCCAGUUCAGCUUUGAACUCCUAUCAGGCGGCCCCUCCCUAUAACAGUCUGUCUGUGCACAACUCAAACAAUGGGGGGGGCCCACUCAGUGCCAAACUGGAGCCCUCGGGACGGACCUCGCUGCCCGGCGGCCCUGCAGACCUAGGGAGACACAUGGGCGCGGUGGGCGGCAGCAGUGACUCCUGUCCCCUCUCUGUGCCCUCCCUGGCAGGGGACCUCUCUCUGGCCUCACACAAUGCCGUGUCUUCUCUGCCCCUCUCUUUUGACAAAUCAGAAGGAAAAAAGCGUAAGAACUCGAGUUCUAGUAGCAAAGCCUGUAAAAUCACUAAAAUGCCUGGUAUGAAUAGCGUUCACAAAAAGAACCCGCCCAGCCUUCUCGCACCGGUGCCCGAUCCCGUUAACAGCACCUCCUCUCGGCAGGUAAGGGACCUGGCCUUCCAGGGGCCUCCUGGCACUGCCUCCACCAGCUCCGGGGGGCUGGGGGAGCUGGGCAGCGCCCCGCUUAGCCAGGUGCUUCCGACAGGUAACCCAGCACCACUCCUGUUCUCGUUUCCCCACGGGCACUGUUCACCCUCUGCUCUAAGAGCAGUUUAUGAACAAGUACUUUCGCGGCUCUCGCUGCGUGCUAGGCACUGCUCUGAGCACUGUAUGAAUAUUACAUCUAAUCCUCAUGACAGCCCAGUGCAGUCAGUGCAGUUAUCACCACUUCACAUGAGGAAACCGAGGCCUGGAGAGAUUCUGAGGACGAUCUCAUUGAAGAGUUCUGUUGCCAAGAAGUUUUAUCCAACCUACUGGAAUCCCCUUAGGAAGAGCCCGAGGCCUGGGCAGGUGAAAUGAUGACCUGGGUCCCACCUGGGGCGUGGUAACUUGAGCUUCCGGCUCCCAGGUGACCAUCCUUCUCACUUUACCAGGCUGCCUGACCCCCACCUCCUCCUAGUAUAACUCUUUCCUUCCCAAAGUAAAAGUGCAGCUCACACCAGCUGGCACAGGAGCAUUCGGGCCAUUGUACAAUAGGAGGGUGUACGGUGCGGAGAUCUGGGGAGGUGGGGCGUGCUCCAGGAGGAACGCGUGUUUCUUUCCCUUGAGCUCUGGUCUUUCUCCUCAGGCUGGGGAAGCCACUCAGGAAAGCCCUCCAUCCCCCGCCAGGCUCAGGUGCUGUUUGGGCGCAGAGGAGAGAGCAGAGGUGGUGAGGGGCCGGCCUGGGGUUCUCUGAGCCGAGUCUGGUGGGAGGGCGGCCGCAGGCCUGCCCGGGGCCCUACACCUGCCAGGGCGCCGCACACAGACUGUAGAGGCAGCCGCAGGUUUACAACCACAGAACUAAGUGGGCCAGACCCUGAUCCUGGCCCAUCUGGGAAAAAGGACUUUGGAGAAAUGAGAGGCAGUUGUUUAAAAGGUGUUUUAAUGUUUUGUGUCAUCUUUAUAUGAGACUUGUUAAAACCUCACGAAGAGAACAUCUUGAGGGGGCUUCACAAAUCACAAGUAAACACAUGAGAAACAGCAAGUUUGGAUCUCAAGGGCCAGACAAGCUGCCAGCCAAGGCCAAGGUGAGAGAGGGGGAGACACAGGUCCUCACAGAGCCUGGGGCGCUGCACAUGGCUGCAGCCGAGGCAACGGGCCGCCCUUCUGACACCCCACUUCCAGGGGCAUAGGGGAGGGGGGCCAGCACCCACAGGGCCCUACCCAGAGACUCAACUGCUGGUCCUGCCACCUCCAGGUCUCAGGAUGGAGGGCAGAACCACGGCUUCCUAAACUUGAACGUGCACACAAAUCGCCUGGGGGUCGCAUUAAAAUGCAGAGUCUGAGGGGGCAGGUCUGGGGUGGGGCCUGAGAGUGCAUUUCUAACAGGCUCCCAGGCAGCGCUGCUGUGCCAGUUUGCAGGCCACACCCUAAGCAGCCAGGCCAUAGUGUCACCCAUUUUAGAUAAAGCUCUAGCAGAUAACACUUGCUUAUGGGAUGGGCUCUGUUCAAGCACUAAAGAUGUAUUAAUUCAUUUAAUCAUUACCUGUUAUUACCCCCAUUUUACAGAUGAGUAAACUGAGGCACAGGAAGGUUAAGCAAUGUGCCCAAAGUCACACAGCAAGUAAAUAGUAGGACUGGGAUUUACGCCCAGGCAAUUUGGCUCUGGAGUCUGGGCUCUUAACCUCCAUGGCUCUGUGUUGAGUAAAUGUUCUGUUGACUUUUUGGUCUGUAGGGUGUAUGAAAUGUUUAGUAAACAUGAUGAAUGAGUCAAAGCCAGUGGUGAAAGGAGCAAACAAGCCUCCACCAGAGAGUCCUCAUCAGGAGGGAAACCAAAAAAGCUGACGGAUGUAAUGGCUGCCUUGGGUCUAGUCAGCAUUAGUUCUCUAAUGCAGGGGACACCUGGGUGCUUGUCACCAGGUUAAGAAUAGGCUUGGUCUGGGGUCACCAUCGGUGAUUUCCAAGAGUUGGGGAAAGGCCUUUGGAAUCCUUGUGGAUUCUGUUAGGAGAUUGGGAGAGGCACGGCGUAAGGGUGAGAAAUUCGAGGUAAACCUGUGCUUUGGGGACCAAUUGGGGAUCUAUUUCAUGGUAUGUGGUAGGUGUAAGGCCAGAAUUAGCCACAGAGGUAUUAAAUUGAACACAAGACAAGACUGCAAAUGGAAGGCAGACGUCUUUCUGCAAAGGCGAGUUAACGUAGGGGACGAGCUCUUUAUAGGCUGCAGGCAGGAGCUGCCUGUGGGAGCAGUACCCACCUGAGGACAGUCACAGAUGAAGGGGAGGAGCUGCACGGCCGCACCCACUGGCCCCCAGCGCUGCCCUCCUAGGACCCAGCUCAGCGAGGUGCACGCUGUGUCUCCUGGCUGGGGAAACUGACACAGAAAAAGACCCCAGCUUUUAUCCCCAGCUGGUCCAAGGGAGUCUGGGCUAGGAACAAGGUGGGUCUGGGAGUGAGCUCAGAGGUGGAUGAGUUUGUGUAACCCUUUGGCCCCAGGUGGAAAAGCUGGGCCUCUGUUGAAAGGCUCCCAGGAGGGGCCAGGCCUCUCGUAGGAUGCCUUCAUCCUCACCCCUGAAGGUUGCAGUCUACACUGGGGAGCACAGUAAGAGUUCCCCUCCAUUCUGCUUCCCCUCUGGGAUGACAGGGGCAUCAUCAAGGUACCCACUGAAACAUUUUCAUUUUCUCUGCCAUUGAAGAGGGAGGAAAACGCAAGUUCCAAAUUGACGUGAGGAAAAUGAGCAUGUCAUCAGGCAGCGCUUCUCCUUUCCCCUGGCGACGCGUGGUGUCGGUGGGUCUUUCCCAAACUGGCUCGUGUAUCUGAGUAGGGCUUCUCUGGU